AUGCCUCGUGAAGAUAUGGGCCCUCCGGCCAAACGACAGAAGGGGGACUCGCACCUCCCACAUCAAAUCCGAGAUGCCAGGCGCAAAGAAAAUGACGACUGGGAGACAAAUCGCAUGCUCACAUCGGGUAUUGCGCAGAGACGAAACAUGGAAGGGGAAUUUAUGCCAGAUGAUGAAGAGGCAACCCGAGUUCACCUGCUGGUCCACGACCUUCGACCACCGUUCCUCGACGGCCGUACCAUCUUCACGAAGCAGCUGGAGCCAAUUUCCGCCGUUCGAGACCCGCAGAGUGACAUGGCAGUGUUCAGUCGGAAGGGGAGUAAGGUUGUCCGGGAACGUCGGCAACAGCGCGAGCGUCAAAAGCAAGCUCAGGAAGCUACGAAUAUGGCCGGUACAGCCCUAGGAAAUCUGAUGGGUGUCAAGGAGGACGAGGGCGAUAGUGCCGUUGCUAUGCCUGUGGAGGAAGUAUACAAAAGUAGAGGAAACAAGUUUUCGAAACACCUGAAAAAGGAUGAGGGCGGUGCCAGCGCUUUCAGUAAGAGCAAAACAUUGCGCGAACAGCGAGAGUAUCUCCCUGCAUUUGCAGUGCGUGAGGAUCUACUACGAGUCAUUCGAGACAAUCAGGUUGUGAUUGUGGUCGGUGAAACAGGCUCAGGAAAGACUACUCAAUUAACGCAAUUUCUCCAUGAGGACGGUUACUCGAAGCAAGGCAUGAUCGGAUGUACACAGCCUCGUCGCGUGGCGGCCAUGAGUGUUGCGAAACGUGUCAGCGAGGAAAUGGAGGUGGACUUGGGAGGAACUGUGGGAUAUGCUAUUCGUUUUGAAGACUGCACCAGUGAUGAAACAGUGAUCAAAUAUAUGACGGACGGUGUUCUUCUACGAGAGUCCCUAACACAAAAUGACCUAGAUAAAUACUCUUGCAUUAUCAUGGACGAAGCACACGAGCGUGCCUUGAACACCGAUGUCUUGAUGGGACUUCUCAAAAAGGUCCUAGCACGCCGAAGAGAUCUCAAGCUAAUUGUUACAUCUGCGACCAUGAACUCCGAACGGUUUUCACGCUUUUACGGCGGAGCUCCAGAAUUUAUCAUUCCCGGUCGAACAUUCCCGGUCGAUACCCAUUUCUCCCGCACCCCCUGUGAAGAUUAUGUGGACAGUGCAGUCAAGCAGGUCUUGGCCAUCCACGUUUCUCAAGGAGCAGGCGAUAUCCUUGUUUUCAUGACAGGUCAAGAGGACAUUGAAGCAACAUGUGAAUUGGUGGAGGAGCGGUUGAAGAUGUUGAACGAUCCCGCGCCUCUUAGCAUCUUGCCUAUUUACAGUCAGAUGCCGGCUGAGCAACAGGCAAAGAUUUUCGAAAGAGCGGCCCCAGGCGUUCGUAAGGUGAUCGUGGCCACAAAUAUUGCGGAAACCAGUUUAACCGUUGACGGUAUCAUGUUUGUCGUGGAUUCGGGAUACUCGAAGCUGAAGGUUUACAACCCACGUAUGGGUAUGGAUACCCUGCAAAUCACACCAAUCUCCCAGGCCAAUUCGAAUCAAAGAUCUGGACGAGCCGGACGUACAGGUCCAGGAAAGGCCUACCGCCUCUAUACCGAAACUGCCUACAAGAACGAGCUGUACAUACAGACAAUUCCUGAAAUUCAGCGCACGAGUCUCGCAAACACUGUGUUGCUGUUGAAAUCACUCGGAGUUAAGGACCUUAUGGACUUUGAUUUCAUGGACCCUCCGCCCCAGGAAACAAUUUCCACCUCUCUCUUCGAGCUUUGGUCUCUUGGAGCUCUGGACAAUCUGGGAGAACUGACGGCACUCGGACGUCGCAUGACGCCGUUCCCUAUGGAUCCCCCUCUUGCUAAGCUCCUUAUCAUGUCUUCCGAAGAGUACGGUUGUAGUGAGGAGAUGUUGACGAUUGUCUCCAUGCUUUCAGUACCAAACGUCUUCUAUCGCCCCAAAGAGCGACAGGAGGAGUCCGACUCAGCCCGCGAGAAAUUCUUCGUCCCAGAAUCUGACCAUCUCACUUUACUUCAUGUCUAUUCCCAAUGGAAGUCCAACGGUUACUCCGAUGGCUGGUGCACCAGACACUUCCUUCAUGGAAAGACCCUGCGACGUGCAAAGGAAGUCCGUGACCAAUUGUAUGAUAUUAUGAACCAACAGAAAAUGAACCUGGUCAGCUGUGGUACAGACUGGGAUGUUAUCAGGCAAUGCAUUUGCUCAGGUUUCUACCACCAAGCCGCGCGCGUCAAGGGAAUCGGCGAGUUCAUCAAUCUGCGUACCAGUGUGACGAUGGCUUUGCACCCAACUAGCGCAUUGUACGGUCUUGGCUACGUUCCGCAAUAUGUCGUUUACCAUGAGUUGAUUUUGACUGCGAAGGAAUACAUGUCCACUGUGACAGCAGUCGACCCACAUUGGCUUGCCGAACUUGGUGGUGUUUUCUACUCCGUCAAGGAAAAGGGUUACUCUCAACGGGAUCGACGUGUCACGGAACUCGAAUUUAACAAGCGCAUGGAAAUUGAAGAGCAAAUGGCUGCAGACCGUGAGCGUGCCGCGACUUUAAAACAACGCGAGGAGGAACGCAAUGAUCCUGCUCGACGGAAGAGAGAGGUUGAAGUAGGUGUUGGAUCUGCGGUGCGACGUCCAGUUGUCAAGAGGCCUGGCAAGGUUGGAGGUCUCACUGCGUCUUCUUCAUCUCGCCCUGGCGCUAGCUCUGGAGGUAGCGUGGUGAAGAAGCCCCAGAUACCCAGACGACCCGGACGUACUUUUUAA